UUUUAAGCAUUUUUACUUUAAAUAAAUAUUAAAAAUAAAGAGAAAAUAAUCCGGUUUCUUUGGACAUCCUAUUUAUAUCAAGUUUAUGUUAUACUAUUUUAUAUUUUUUUCAUUCAUUGCGUUAUUUUUACAAGCAGAAUCAUAUAGAACUCAAGAUAAUGAAACCGAUCAUCUUUUAUAUUUAAGAAAUCAAGAAAAUAUAAAGGUUCUUUCUACAGAGUUUAAAAAACCAGAUAAUGAUCAUUCUUUGUAUCGGCUUAUUGAGAUAUCUAAUAAGCUUCAAGUUUUAUUAAUUAACGAUCCACAAAGUAAACUAUCUGCAGCUUCAAUAAGCAUAAGUAUCGGACAUUAUAGUGAUCCUGAUGAUAUCCCUGGUCUUGCUCAUCUUUGUGAACAUAUGUUAUUUAUGGGAACAAAAAAAUAUCCUGAAGAAGAUGGUUUUUCUUCUUAUCUAAAAAAUCAUUCUGGCCAAUUUAAUGCACGUACUUCGUCAGAAGAAACAAAUUUUUUCUUUCAUAUUAUACCUGAUUAUUUUGAACAAGCAUUGGAUAGAUUUUCACAAUUUUUUAUCGCGCCAUUGUUUCCAAGAACAGCUGUUGAGCGAGAAAUACAUGCAAUUAAUGCUGAAUUUAAAAAAAAUCAGAAAAAUGAAGAAUGGAAUAUAUUACAGCUUGAAAAGUCGCUUUCAAAUGAAAAAUCUCCUUAUCAUAAAUUUGGCACAGGAAACUAUCAAACAUUAAUGGAUAAUCCAAAAAAAAACGGCAAAGACAUUUUAGAGGAAGUUAAAAAUUUUUAUUCAAAAUAUUAUUCUGCAAAUUUAAUGAGACUCGUUGUAAUUUCAAAAGAAUCUCUCGACGAGCUCCAGAGAUUAAUUAUUAAAUAUUUCUCUCAAAUUCCUAAUAGAAGAAUUCAGAAACCUCAAUUUAUGGAAAAGCCAUUUACGAAUAAACAUCUUGGCACGCAAUGUUGGUAUAAAUCAGCAAAGAACUCUAUAAAAAUGACGCUUACGUUCCCUGUUGAAUCUCUGGCAAUUUCAUAUAAGAAAAGUUCUUUUGCUUAUCUUAGAUAUUUGCUAGAACAUCAAGCUUCUAAUUCUCUUUACAGUUUUUUAUCAAAAAAAGAGUGGAUACUUUCUAUUAGUACUGAUAUCGAAUAUAUAGUUUCAAACGUAGAUUUUUUUAGGAUAAUUUUAGUUCUUACUUCUAAAGGACUAGAUGAAUCUGAGGACUUAAUAGUUGCAAUAUUUCAGUAUUUGGAUUUUCUUAGAAGUAUAGGACCUCAGGAAUGGAUUUUCAAUGAAUUGAAGCAGCUGGAUGAUAUAUUUUUUCGCUUUUCAGAUUAUAUAACAUCAUUUCAACGUGCUUCAAUUUUAUCGAAAGUCAUGCAAAAAACAUAUUUAAAUUAUUCAGAUUUACUGAGAUCCGAUUUUUUUUCAGAGUACAAUGCACAGUAUAUCAUAGAUCUAUUAAAUUUAUUGCACCCAAAUAAUUAUUUGCUUUCUAUUUCUUCUAAAACCAAACCUGGUGAUUGGAAUGCGAAAGAAUUUUGGUAUGGAUCAGAGUAUAAACUUGAAUCCUUACCAAAAACACUUGUACAGAAAACAAAUAAUUUGGUAACUAAUGACUUAUUUAAGUUACCUGAUUUAAACAAAUAUAUCCCAGAAAAUUUUUUUAUAAAACCGCCUUCUAAGAAUAGAGUAGACAAACCUCGUCUUACAUAUAGUAGUCAUGUUCUUCGUUACUGGUAUAAAGAUGACACAUAUUCUAAUCCUAAAACAUAUUUGUCUUUAUUUUUUAAAAUACCAGGAUAUUCUGAUACACCUCUACAAGAAGCACGAUUAAAGGUUUAUAUAAAUAUGUUAUUUAACAGUAUUGUUGGAAUAGUCUAUUAUGCGAAUAUUGCGGGAUAUCAGAUUAGUAUAGUGCCUCAUAAAUUAGGAUUUCAGCUAUUUAUAUAUGGCUUUAACGAUAAAAUACUCAAAUUACUUGAAGAUGUUUUAGAUGCCUUUUUAAAUUUCCAACCCAGCUUUUCUAAAUAUAAUUUUUUUAAGGAACAUCUAAAAUCAAAUAUUAAUAUUGAUUCCAUUGAGCCUCCUAAACAAAUAAAGCCUGUUGCUAUUUCUCUGUAUACUGAAACUUAUUGGCCUUAUAGUGAAAUAUUAAAUGCAUUAGAAUCACUUACCUUUGUUGAUAUUGAAAUGUUUCAUAAAAUGCGUUUUUUUCGAGUUUUUGUAGUCGCACUAGCAAUUGGAGCACUUCCAAGUAAUACACCACUUUUUAUCGACAAUUAUAUAAAAAAUAUUAAUAAUAGCACACUCUAUCCAUAUCAACUUUUUGAUUCGUGA